CAAAACGUGUUUGUUUACACGCGUUCCCGGAUAGGCAUCGUGGGAAUUGACUGGCCCCACCACCCGCCGAUGUCCAAUGGCCCUCCAGAUUUCCCUGGCCUUCGUGUCUCCAAACCCAGGACUUUAUAAUCCAGACGCAUUCCACCACUUCCUGCUCCCUUCCUUCCCUUUCUCCUCCCAUCCAGCAGCAAGCCGAACAUCUUCAUCCUCCUCCUUAAUUCACUCCCCUCCUCAAUACCUUGCUCCACCUACCGCUCCUCCACAACAUCCAUCAAAAUGAAGACCUCUAUGAUCAUCGCUCUCGGCCUGGCCACUGCCGCCGUUGCCCAGAAUGAAUGCGCCGGAUGUAACGACCUCUCUCAGCUGACGGUCUGCUCGGUCGCCUGGCGAGGAGCCAUCAUGGCGUACGUCCUUCCCGCACAAUGUCCAUCCAUAACCACCCCACUAACGUCUCCUCCAGCUGCAUGGCCGACCCUUGCAACGUCCCCUUCACCGAAGACCCCAUCGCCGCCUGCGCCGCCGCCGCCCAGUCCUCCGCUGCCGCCGCCGCCUCGGCCUCCAGCGCCGCAGCUGCCGCCUCGUCCUCCGCCGCCGAGGCCCAAGCCUCGGCAUCCGCCUCCGCCGCCGAGGCCGCCUCUUCCGCAUCCGCCGCCGCCGCUGCCGCCUCCGCAUCCGCCGAGUCCGUCGCCUCAGUUGCCGCCACCGCCGCCGUCGCCUCGGCCUCAUCCAUCGCCGAGCAGACCUCGGUCGUCGCCUCGGCCACCGAAGCCGCCGGCUCUGCCGUCGCUUCGGCCUCUGGCGCCAUCGACUCCGCCGUCUCGGAAGCUACUGAGGCUGCCAGCUCUGCCGUCGCUUCCGCCUCCGACGCCGUCGACUCCGCCUCGUCCGCCAUCGAGUCCCUCGCCUCCGGCGUCUCCUCUACCAUCAGCUCCGUCACCUCGCGUCUCGCCGGCUCCGCUACCUCCACCUCCACCACCACUGCCACUUCCACCGCCGCCGCCGACUCCGCCGCUAACCGCCACGAGGUCGGUGGCAUCGCCGCGUUCGUCAUCGCUGCUGCCGGUUUUCUUGUCCUGUAAAUUUAAUCGAUCCGACACAUCAUUCCCUUUGUAAUAUGUAAAUGCUGGAUGGAGCGGGGUUGGGGUUGCGGGUCUGGGGCCGAUGGAUGGUUUUUUUCUUUUCUUUCUGGGGGGAUAUCACUGCUUAUGCUGUACACGAAUUCGCAUGUUGUUACGAUUACACCUAUAACUACGGUGGCGAGCCAGGGUGGGCACAAUAAUGAAGAUGAAGAAGAAGUAAUUAAUUUACCGGGCUGUCUUUUUUAUUCUCUG